CGUCAGGAUCUGGCUCGAAAAUCCCAGAAAACGCAAGGAAAGAAAUGAGCGUGUUUGGGGGAGACAGUUGGGCGAGAGAAGCACAAUACAGAAAGCGAAGGGUCGAUGAUCUAGUCGUACAAGGCCUUGACGGGUCUUCUUACAUGAAGCUCUCCAAUGGCAAAUACGCAUGUCUUGUCUGUCCUCACAAUCCCGUUCUUGAUUCCUCUCUCAUGCUCUCUAUGCAUAGCAAGGGAUCACGCCAUCUUGCUGCAGAGUCCAGGCUGAAGGAAGGAGAAUCUCUGAGAAAAUAUGAGAUAAAUAGGAGAUUGGCAUUAGCAGACUCUCCUGUUGGCUUUGCUCAUUCCACUAGUUUGAACAAAAAAGUUAGAUUAGCCGGUGUUAGUAAACCAUUAAUUGAACGGACAAGCAAGGCUGCUUCUGAAGUACUAUGCAAUAAAGAUCCCAAACAGAAUUCUGGAAAUCAAAACUGUGAUGUGAAAUUGAGCAGGGGACAGGUUACUAAUGUGGCAACUAUUUCAUGUCCUUUAGUUGAAGCAUCUGGUGAGUUGUUGAUACAACAUCAACUAGAUUUCCGAAAGCAUAGGGAGCGAGAACUCAAGUUUAUAGAAGCAGGUUGGAAGCGAGAUUGUCAUGGAAAAUGGUUCAAGGAUGAAAAUGUUGACUUUGACUCUGAUGAAGAAGAUCCAAAUGUGUGUCUUGGUUAAGUGAAUUUCAAAAAAAGGAGGAUUUUCUUGGAAGACUCUUGAUAGAUAUUUAAUAUCUCAAGAUCAUUGACCAUGGAUUUGAUUUGAUGGGAAAGUGAAGCUCAUAGUGUUUGCUCUCUUUGGUUUUUCCAAUAACCAUAGAUAAAGCAACUUUCUUCUUUCUUGAUGGUAUUGGAUGAUUGAAGGUGGAUGGGUUGAUCUACAUUCCCAAUCAAGGAGUGGACCAAGUAGAUUGGAUUUUUAAGGAGUGGCUUCAUGUAGAUCUAUGGUUGAUAAGGUCAGAUGCUUAGAUGCUCAAUUGUUAACAAUUUUAAAAAAUUGAAGUAUGUUUGAGAGCUGAAUUAGACAUGUGCAUUGUAUCCAUCACAGUUAGCAAAUAUGUGCAUUCUUCAAAGUUUCUGAGAAUCUCCUUUGACAAAUUGUUGUGCUGAUGAGGCUCAGAAAAACUGUGGCCUUUUUGGUUCUAAUAUCAUUAAAUCUAAAGUCAGGAUCUUAUGUUA